GAUGAGCACGUGUGAAUUUUUUGGCGUUUUGUAAAUUUAUAUUUACGUUUUAAGAUCAUGUCGGACAGUGAUGCCGAAGGUGAUUAUGCUACUGCUCAUUCAGAUGCUUUAAAAAGACUGAAAUCUAAAGAUCCAGAAUUUUAUGACUUCCUUAAAGAAAAUGACGAGGAACUGCUCAAGUUUGGUGAGUCCGAUGACGAAAGUGACACCAGAGAAUCGGAGGAUGAUGAGCAAACUACAAGUAAAUCAUCUAAAACAGUCUUAAGUGCUGCAAAAUUGAAAUUUAUUGGAGAAAACAUUAAAACCUCUCCUUCAAAGAAACUUGUUAAAGAAUUAAUAAAUGCCUUUAAAACAAUUAUUCAUCAAAUCGAUAACAGCAAUGAUAAAGUAGACUUGUCCAAUAAUGAUUUGUUUAAUGAUGUGAUGAAAUUAUGUCUUGUAGAUUUAGUACCGGCUCUCUAUUCCAUUCUCAAGUUGCCGGCCGAUUCCAAAAAUGUAGACGUGACAAAGUCAAAAGCAUGGUACAAAACUAAAACGGUUGUAAAACAAUAUUUAAUCGAUGUGUUGAAAAUGCUAGCUGCUCUGAAAGAACCAUCGGGGUUAGUUCUGUUCCUGAAGCAUAUCGUUCAUCUUGUUCCAUUUUAUUCAAAAUUUAUGAAAUUGUGUCGCCUUCUUUUGAAAAAGAUGAUUACCAUGUGGUGUUGUGAAGAAGAAACCGUACGUGUUUUAAGCUUGAUUAUAGUAGUAAGAGCCUCCAAGCGUUUGCCGAAAGAAUACAUGGGGCAAAUUCUGAAACAUAUGUAUUUUUCUUAUGUAAAAAACACCAAGUUUACAUCGCCAAAUACAUGGCCUAUGAUAAACUUCAUGAAGCGUUCAUUAACGGAAGUUUACUCUCUGUAUCCAGAAGCAGCAUAUGAACAUGCGUUCAUAUAUAUCCGCCAACUAGCAAUCCAUCUGCGUAAUGCCAUCACAAUUAAGAAGCAAGAAGCAUAUCAAACAGUUUACAACUGGCAGUAUAUUCACUGCCUCUUGUUGUGGGCACAUGUAUUGUGUCGUCUGUAUGAUCAAGAAGCUGUCAAAACUCUUGUUUAUCCUUUAGUACAAACAGUUACUGGCACAAUCACCCUAAUACCAACAUCCAAAUACAUCCCUUUGCGUAUUCAUCUUGUUAAAGCUUUGAUCCAAAUGUCCGAAAAAAUAAAUGUCUUCAUACCUACUAUCCCCUUUAUAUUGGAAAUAUUGACUUUGUCUGAUUACAACAAAAAGAUGUCCUUCAGUGUCAAACCUCAAGACUUUUCUUGUUCUUUAAAAGUCGGAAAAUCAAAACUGUCGGAAGCGGCGUUUCAAGAUAGUUGCAUGAGUGAAGUAAAUUCCUUACUUUUGGAGUAUUUCAAAGUAUACUCUCACACCAUCGGGUUUCCAGAGCUUGCUUUGCCUGCAGUUCUACAAAUUAAAUUAUUCAUCAAGAAAUGUAAAGUUGCAAAGUAUAAUCAGCUGCUGAAAGGUUUGCUCACUAAAAUUGAAGAAAAUAGUGCAAUGAUCACAGAGAAACGUAGAUCUGUUUCCUUUCAAAUAACGGAUGUUGAUAAAAUUAAGCAAUGGGAAAGAAACAUUCAGGAACAAGGCACACCUAUUUUGAAAUUUUACAAGGAACAGAAUAAAGAAACUGUUGAUUCUUCACCAAGCAAAAAAGCCAAGUGUGAAUAACUUUAAAUUACAAAUUUAAGACUUACCAACUGAUGUAAUUUCCACAUAUUUACUUGAGUGAUGUUUCUUCAAUUAACCUUUUUUAAUUAUUUAGUAGUGAAAUAAUGUAAAUGUUCAUCUUAUUUAUAAAUAUUUUUUGGGACCUCAUAGUAAGAAUGAUUUUUGGUACAAUUAUAAAAAGUUAAAGAAAAAUCUUGAAUUAAAUGCUACAAAUCUUCACUAAACUUUUUUAAUGUAGUUGCUAUACUUUAUUAAUAUAAAAUAUCAAUCAUUUUUGCAUUUAUUAAAAAAAAUUUUGAAUAAGAAGAUUCAAGAAUUCCUGCCGAAUAUCCAUAUUAUAAUGCAAGUCCUUGGUUCAUAGCCAGAGUGUCAUACAUUUACAUUCUUGUGUAUUAUGCAGUACAAGUUACAUGUUUCCAUACUGGGUGGGGAGCAAAUUGCUAUUUUGUCCACUUUUUUGUAAAAAGUCCGGGGCACGGAAGAAAUUGGACAAAAUGGA